AUGUCAGAUAUACCGCUUCCGGGAAGCCAAUCAGCAAACGCCAGACACUGGGAGGACAAGCCAAAUGCGGGCUACUCAGGAACACCGAUGUGGAAGAUCAAGGCUCAGCUGCAGGAGCAACAGGCGAACGCCCAGGCCGGUCCGAGGAAAGUUCCUGAAGGAUUCAAGCAGGUGGAAAAGGGCAAGCCUCUGUACUACAAUGACAAGCGCCAGGUUUACUGGAAUUGUGACGAUGGCUUGACAUACGCCUACGACGCCGUCAUGCAGAAGUAUUCCUUGCUGUACGAUGGCCAGCCGUAUGAUGUUCGGAUAGCAGUGGGUGCCUGCUUUCAUGAGAAGGCUUCUCAAGUUCGACACGUGUUGGUGAGAGACCUGGCCAAAGCUGCACAGGCGAUGCGCAUGUCGAUCGAACAUCUCGACAGGCCCUGUGCGAUGUACGCGUUGUACGAGGGCCACCGAGGUCGACCUAGCUCAGGAACGGCGAACGCUUGCGCAGAGUUUUGCGUCAAGCACCUGCACCAAAAACUACUUCCAAAGCUUGCAGCCUUUCGUGGAUUCUGGGAGGAUACACGACUGGAGGUGGCAAUGCGAGAAAGCUUCGAGGAGUUGGACGCGGAGUUCACGGAGAAGCAUCCUGGUGUUCCAGAUGGAUGUUGUGCCACCGUUGCCCUGGUUUCGGGACAUCGCGUUGUCAUCACGACGUUGGGCGAUGUAGCUGCGGUGGUGUGCAUGAGAAAUGGAGAAGCGCUGGAGUUUCUCAAGCCACAUGUCGCACCCGGCUUCGAUGAGGACGACGAUGAGGAUGACGAGGUCCCCCAAGCAUCACAAGGACUCGAAGGAGAGAGUCUGCCAAUACAAUGGACAAGAUCGCUGGGGGAUGCAGACUUGAAGAAGCCCAACGGCUCUACUCAGCUGUCGUCGACACCCGACAUCAAGGUCUUGCAUCUAGAGCCGCAGCAUCUGGGCAUAGCGUUUGUGUGCCGGGCCCUGUACAACGCUAUAGGCAAGAGUACAGCAGUGUCUACGGUGUCGAAACGCUGCGCGCCUCGUGCAAGAAUGGCUGCUGGAGCUCUCGUCGAUGCUGCUGUGCAGUGGCUGGGCCAAGUGGGCGAUCUUGGCCUCGGAUCCAUUGUCGUUUUCUUUGAUAGGAUAGAAGAUGGGCCUGCCCACAAGCGGGCCAAAAAGGAAGAACCUAGCCAGGUUCGCUUGAGACAUAUCUUGCUCAAACAUCGCGAGUGCAAGAGUACCAUAGACAAGGUGCGAAACAAGCAGGUGAAGCGCUCGCGAGGAGAAGCUGAGCGCUUGCUGCGAGCUGUGCUUGAAGAGUGCCAAAAUGACCCUGGUAUGAAGAUCUUUACGCAGCGCUGCAAGGAGUUGUCCGAGUGCCAGAGCUGCCUCAAGGCUGGCGAGCUUGUUGGUGAUCUGAGUUGGGUCAAACCCGGCAAGUACGGCCAGGCAUUCGCACCAUGGCAGCCCUUUAAUGUGCUCUUGGGGAGCAGGCUUUGUAGACAUCUGCGCUGCGGCUGCAUGCCAUGCUCGGGUGAGUCUGCUGUGUGCUUCGUCGUCACUGCUACUGGAUUUCUGUUCCGCUCCCCGGGUUAUCGACCCCGCAGUUCGAUGUUUUGUCUUCAUGGCUCGCAUCAUGGCGUCAUGAUGAGAGCCAUGCUGACCAUGACACCAGGUGCGCCAAAUCUGUCGGGUUCGUCCGGUCUCGUUCAAGAGGUGAACGUAGGCAUGACAUAA